CCUCCACCCCACAAACCCCGAGUCCCACCUGGCAUUCCCUGGGAGCCGGCCUCCUCCUUUUGGGAUGGCGCAUGCAGCCGGGGAUGGGAACGUCUGGGAUCUGGUGACGGUCGUGUCGUAAAUGGCACCUGCAGGUCAGGACAGAGAGGUGUGAGCAGGCCUUCUGAGCCGCUGGUCCAUCAUGGCGGAGAAAGUGAACAACUUCCCACCAUUGCCCAAAUUCAUCCCGCUGAAGCCAUGUUUCUACCAAGACUUCGAGGCAGACAUCCCUCCUCAGCAUCUCAGCUUGACCAAGCGCCUCUACUACCUCUGGAUGUUGAACAGCGUCACGCUGGCCGUGAACCUGGUGGGCUGUCUCGCGUGGCUGAUCGGAGGCGGGGGAGCCACCAACUUUGGCCUGGCCUUUCUCUGGCUCAUCCUCUUCACACCUUGCUCCUACGUCUGCUGGUUUCGGCCCAUUUACAAGGCCUUCAAGACAGACAGCUCCUUCAGCUUCAUGGCGUUCUUCUUCACCUUCAUGGCUCAGCUGGUUAUCAGCAUCAUCCAGGCUGUGGGGAUUCCAGGCUGGGGUGUCUGCGGCUGGAUUGCCACCAUCUCCUUCUUCGGGACGAACAUUGGCUCAGCGGUGGUGAUGCUCAUUCCCACGGUCAUGUUCACAGUUGUGGCCGUCUUUUCCUUCAUCGCCCUUAGCAUGGUUCAUAAGUUCUACCGGGGUAGCGGAGGCAGCUUCAGCAAAGCUCAGGAGGAAUGGACCACCGGAGCGUGGAAGAACCCACACGUGCAGCAGGCGGCCCAGAACGCAGCCAUGGGGGCUGCGCAGGGCGCCAUGAAUCAACCGCAGACUCAAUAUUCUGCCACUCCCAACUACACGUACUCCAACGAGAUGUGAGCCAGCCAAGCCCACCAGGAGGCAGGGCUGGGGGCCAGUGGGACAGGGGGCUCGAGCCACAUCAUCUGUGUGGUGACCAAGCAGGGUUCCCCCUUCCCUUUUCUCCUCCCCAACUUUGUACAAAGAAUCAGAGUUAUAUAUAUAUAUAUAUAUGUAUAUGUAUAUGUCUGUGUCUAUCCCCUGACCCCACCCUUUGGGUCCUGCCCUUGGCACACCGGGAACUACACACUGCACAAGAAGUGUUUCUGUGCAUUGGUAGCCAAGUCUAUGUCCCCUUGUGAAAUAAUGUACAGUGGAGAUCUCUUGUUGUGGUGCUAGAUGUAUGUUUAGAACUAAACCAGCCCCUCCAUCCAUCAGGUUGUCCCUUCUGACCCUGGCCCAGGGACUCCACGGGGCAGGGGGAAGCCCAGCAGAGAGCCUGCUACCGUGUGCAGGAUUAUGAGCCUAAGCUAUUUCUGCCUUUAGUCCCAUUGGGAAGCAACAGUAUUAGUGUACGUGGUGAUAGGCAGGUUCUAGGGGGUGGGACAGAGACAAUGCUCCCUUGCUCCUACAGUCCUCCCUGUAGUCCUCCCUCAACUCCCCCUCCCACCUGUUUCUCCCUCACUGUGAGAUUCUUUGUGCUCAUUUCCCUAGCUGACUCUCCCAGAUCUUUUUCCUCCCCAAGUAGCUUUUCUUUGUCUUCCUAAGGCUGAGUGUCUCAGUUAUGUCUGCUUUUAAGACUGCCCAGAUCCCCCAAAUCCACUCCCCAGUUCCAGGAAACUGGCCUGGGAGCUGAGCCAACCCUGAUGUGAAAGGGGCACACAGCUUGGGGGUUCAGAGCCCAUUUGGUCCUUGACACCCAGGGAAUGGAAAUGCAGAGCUGGUCUCCUUAAUUCUGAAAGUCCGGCCUGCAGAGGCGGGCUUCUCCGUGUCUCUCCUUCUCCUGACCUCCAUCCCUUUCUGCCCAGAUCCACUUUAGCUGCUCUGCAUUUCCUGCUGGGUUGUACGAGGCACCUGCAGGUGUAAAGGGAGUGGUGGAGCAGAGGGCAUGCAACUCAUCAUUGGUCCCUGGGGGAGGUGAGGGCUUCUAGCUUCUCAGAGUGACCACUGGAUUCCCGGGAGAAGUAGCUGUUCUAAUUGAGCCUGGCAGAAAGGAGAGAGGUCAGAGGCCAGGUCUGAAGGGGGAGGAUCAGAGAAGUCAAAUAGGACCCACUGAGAGGGUGGCUCUCCUCUGCAGUCUCCCUUGCCCUUGGCUACAGGACACAUUCUGUGGAGAUGCUCCGGGGCCCAGUUCAAGCUGCAGGCACAAUGUCCUGAAUAGGAUGCCAGUCAGCAGGGAGGAAGGGAAGGAGGGCUCUGCCUUUAGUUUACUGGGUUCUGCCCUCCCCUCCUCUUCCGUUCAAGAGAACUACAGGACUUGAUUUCUGGCUCUUCCUGAGUUCUCUUGGAACUCCCUUGAGUCAUCUCUCGCUAGACUGAUCUUAGUUCCUGGGACUGUAUCUUUCAAGCAGUGUGUGGACGUGUCUGGUAGCAUAUCCCCGCUCUGUGUGAGGCCUGAGGUGGGUGGGCCUUACCAAGGAGCAGCUGGCUGUCUCUCACCUCCUUGCAACAGAAACCCACCUAGGCUAGGGAGACUGGAAAAAGGUUGAUUUGCCUUGGAUCCUAAGACUUGGUUUCAGGCCACCUCAAAGCUUUGAUUUUUCAGCUUCUUCCUUGUAAGAGAACCAAGAGUGUGUGCAAAGUUCCCUUCCUAUUGACUCCCUGGGCUUAGUUGAUUCUCUCCCCUACUGUUUUCUCUAUGGAGAGCAGUUGUCAUAGCUCCUGCCACCCUAAGAAAUUCUAGGGCUAGGUCCUCUCUUCUCCUCUUCCCCUCUCCUGGCUCCCCUUCUCUUAGUCCUCUGGUACUUCCAGAAGGGCUGUGAUCCAGCUGCCAGCCUCGCAUCCACAGCUGUUGGAUGUUUCCCCCAGUCAACUUCCUGUCCUAGCUGCCUUUCCUCUUUCCUGGCUCAGACCUAUUGGCCAUGCCUGGCACUGCCCUUGGGAAAGCCUGUUACCAGUGUCUGGCCCAGCUGCUCAGGCACUGGGAUGCUGCAUCUCCAGGCAACUAUGCACUUUCAUGAGGAGGGAAUGAGAGAAAUGGGGCUGGACACAGAUGGUUUGCUUGAGGGGUGUGGUGGGAGGGCCCAGUUGAUGCUGGCCACCCUCCUGUCUGUCGCCAGCCAGUGACCUGCUUUUGCAUUCUCCUGGGGCCCACUGCCCCUUGUUUCUGAGAGACACAAACUAUCCUCUCAUUGGCAGUUGACCUGCCUGAGCCAGUGUCUAUCUGUGUAACUGGAUGAACAUAAUAAAGGGGAUCGUUUGACCCUG